CGCUGAUUCUCCCGCUUGCUCCCGGUGCAUCUUUGCAGCUGCGUCCUCUCGGAUUCUCGUUACGCCGGCCCGCGCCCGUGGGUGCGCGGCCCCUGCGUCCGCGCAUAGCUCGCACCCCAUCUGCCAGCCUCCCGGCGCCCGCCUCCCCCCGCCGGUACCGCAUUGCUGUACUGCAGGGGCGCAGUGCAUUGCGCCGGCACCGUCAAUAGGUGGACCCCCUCCUGGAGAGAUAAAACCGCCGGCGCCGCCGCCGCCAGUCCCUCUGACUGAGACCUCGGCUCUGGGUAAGGACGCACAUCCAGGUCUGCGACUGUUGCUUAGGUUUCCACCGGAGGCUCGCUUCCCUGGGAACCCAACCCAAGAGUUCCUGCCCAGCACACCCUCAACACAGUGCCAGAGCCCCCACAGUGAUAACCCCUCCCUCAACCAGGCAGAAUGGUCAAGGAGAAGACACACAUCAACAUUGUGGUCAUUGGCCAUGUGGACUCAGGCAAGUCCACCACGACAGGCCAUCUCAUCUACAAAUGCGGGGGCAUCGACAAAAGGACCAUCGAGAAGUUUGAGAAGGAGGCAGCAGAGAUGGGGAAGGGCUCCUUUAAAUAUGCCUGGGUGCUGGACAAGCUGAAGGCAGAGAGGGAGCGUGGUAUCACCAUCGACAUCUCCCUCUGGAAGUUCGAGACCACCAAGUACUACAUUACCAUCAUUGAUGCCCCAGGCCACCGGGACUUCAUCAAGAACAUGAUCACCGGCACAUCGCAGGCGGACUGUGCAGUGCUGAUCGUGGCAGCCGGUGUGGGUGAGUUUGAGGCGGGCAUCUCCAAGAACGGGCAAACCCGGGAACAUGCCCUCCUGGCCUACACUCUGGGCGUAAAGCAGCUCAUUGUGGGUGUCAACAAGAUGGACUCUACGGAGCCAGCCUACAGCGAGAAGCGCUACGACGAGAUUGUCAAGGAGGUCAGCGCCUACAUCAAGAAGAUUGGCUACAACCCAGCCACGGUGCCCUUCGUGCCAAUCUCAGGCUGGCACGGUGACAACAUGCUGGAGCCUUCGCCCAACAUGCCGUGGUUUAAGGGCUGGAAAGUAGAACGCAAGGAAGGAAAUGCAAGUGGCGUGUCCCUGCUAGAAGCCCUGGACACAAUCCUGCCCCCAACCCGCCCCACUGACAAGCCCCUCCGCCUCCCACUGCAGGAUGUGUACAAGAUUGGUGGCAUUGGGACUGUGCCUGUGGGCCGAGUGGAGACUGGCAUCCUUCGGCCUGGGAUGGUGGUGACCUUUGCACCGGUAAACAUCACCACAGAGGUGAAGUCUGUGGAAAUGCACCACGAGGCGCUCAGCGAGGCCCUGCCUGGUGACAACGUCGGCUUCAACGUGAAGAACGUGUCUGUCAAGGACAUCCGCCGGGGCAAUGUCUGUGGGGACAGCAAAUCCGAUCCUCCCCAGGAGGCUGCCCAGUUUACCUCCCAGGUCAUCAUCCUGAACCACCCCGGGCAAAUCAGCGCCGGCUACUCGCCCGUUAUCGACUGUCACACGGCCCACAUUGCCUGCAAGUUUGCCGAGCUGAAGGAGAAGAUUGACCGGCGUUCUGGCAAGAAGCUGGAGGACAACCCCAAGUCCCUGAAGUCUGGUGAUGCAGCCAUUGUGGAGAUGGUUCCCGGAAAGCCCAUGUGUGUGGAGAGUUUCUCACAGUACCCACCUCUCGGCCGCUUCGCCGUGCGCGAUAUGCGGCAGACUGUGGCCGUGGGCGUCAUCAAGAACGUCGAGAAGAAGAGCGGCGGCGCAGGCAAGGUCACCAAGUCCGCACAGAAGGCGCAGAAAGCGGGCAAGUGAAGCUCGGGCGCCCGCGGCGUGGCCCUCCCUGACGGCGCCGCGCCGCGCCCCCAGCCCCGCCCCCGGAACUGGCCCCGCCCCCGCCCCCGCCCCAGGCGCGGCCCCUCCACCCCGCUCCCCUGCCAGGCGCAUGUCUGCACCUCCGCUUGUAAGAGGCUCUACGUCAGCGACUGGAUGCUCGCCAUCAAGGUCCAGUGGAAAUUCUUCAAGAGGAAAAGCGCCCCCGCCCCGAGCUUCCGCACCAGCACUCACCACGCUCAGUGCCCAUUUUCCCAAUAAACUGAGCGACCCCA